AUUGAGCAAGUUUUUUGGUUGGAAAUUGCUACUGAAUGAAAGAAAAUAGUAUCAAUUUCCCAAAUUUCACUGUUUCAACUCUUUCUAACAAUUCAUUAAAACAAUGCACGGUCGUGUGAAAGUUCGAACAACUGAAGAAGAAAUAGCUCGUAAGAAGAAGGAGCGCCAGGAAAAGCUUAAAAAAUUCAAAUAUGCUAUGCAAAAAAUCCAAAGCAAGAGGAGUCAAGGGGAGUUAGACAAGGAGUUAUUGGAGUUAACAGGCAAUGUUUUAUCUGGAAAUCCAGAUAUUUACACUUUGUGGAAUAUUCGGAGGGAGAUAUUUACAAUAUUUGUAAAGGAUGAUGCUAUGCAGGAAGAAUUAAGUAGUAUGUUUGAUGCUGAGUUACAGUUGACUGAAUAUUGCUUGAAAAUAAAUCCAAAGUCGUAUGGUGCAUGGCAUCAGAGAGAAUGGGUGCUCACAACUAGGUCUGAUCCAAACUGGGCCCAAGAACUGGCUGUUUGCAAUAAAUAUUUAAAAUUUGAUGAAAGGAAUUUUCACACAUGGGAUUAUAGAAGAUUUGUAGUUAGCAAAUGCAAACCCCCACUAAAGGAUGAGUUUGAUUUUACUACAGAAAAGUUGCAUGAUAACUUUUCAAACUAUUCUGCUUGGCAUUACAGAAGUAAAAUGCUUGUAGCAUUGUAUCCUGAUUUAGAAGGAGGAAGGCCUAUCGAAGAUAGCCAUCAUAAACAUGAGUUGAAAAUGGUGCAAAGUGCUGCAUUUACAGAUCCUGAUGACACUAGUGCAUGGUUCUACCAAAGAUGGUUAUUAGGUGCUGUGAAGAAUAGUAAACAUUUAGUUGUAGUUACUGUCACACCAUCAAAGGCCACUCUGGCAUUUAACCAACAUGUUUCCUACGACCAUGUAAAGGAAAAAAUAAACAUAACUUUCAAUAAACUACCAGUGACUGGUAAUUGGUUAUCGUGUACUGAAAACCAGUAUGAUAACUUGUGGAUUUUUAAACAUAAUGAAACAAUAUUAGAUGAUAUGGAAAUAGAGGUGCAUUAUGAUGGGGAUGAUGGCAAGCAAACCAUUACAUGUAUGAGAGUGAUACCAAACACAUUUGUUGGCAAAAACAAAAUUAGUUUUCAGAAGAACUACUCAGAACCUGUGAUAAAGGAACUGGAAACACAAUUAGAUGCUUGCCGGCAGCUUCUUGCUUUAGAACCAGAUAACAAAUGGACAUUGUUGACUACAACUGUCUUUCUUUAUUGCAUUGAUGCAAAGCUCUAUCACAAUGAAGUUAUUCAAAAUUUACAAACACUCAAAAGUAUUGACAAAUUACGUGAUGGAUACUACAACGAUUUAAAAACAAAAUGGUGCAUUGAAAACCAACUGUAUAAUGACUUUGAAAACAAUAGUAUUUCAUUGAAAAUAUCUUUUGAUGAGAAGAUAACCAGUCUUCCACAUUUGCAGUACUACAGUUAUUGCGAAAAUGUUGAUUUGUCUGAUCAGAAAUUAUCUAAUAAAGUGCUGCCCUCUUUAGUAGUGCUACAAAAUUGCAAGAACUUAUCAUUAAGGAAUAACAAACUUACAACCUUAAGAGGAUUCCCAAGUUUGGAAUUGGAAGUAUUGGAUUUACAAAACAAUGAUUUAGAUAAGACUGAAGUGGCACUAUUACAGGAAAAACUGAACUGCAAUAUAAUCUUUCGAUUAAAUCAUAAAUAUCUAGAUAGAUAAUUUGUUAAUUGUUUUUUGUGUUGCAAAAUCAAGCACAACAUCCCACUAUUAAGCUUGCCUUGACUUUUAUUCUGAAAUAUAUUAUUAUGCUAUCUAAAAUAUGUAUAAUCAGUGGAUAUCCUGAAAUACCAAAUACUGGUAACAAAAGGAUUCCUAACUAUAUUAUGUACUGAAUUUUCAAAAAUUUUCACCAAUUGCCUUUUUUAUCAAGAAAAUUAAAUAGAACUUAUGACUAAAACUAUAAUAAUGUAAUGACAAAUUCUGUAGGCAAUAGUUAUGUUAUUGGUGAUUGGAAAAAUUACCUUUAAAUUAAGUUGGACAUAGGUACAGGCAACAUUAUAAGACUAUGUGCAAUUUGUUGCAAAAUAUUCUCUAUUACAGAUACAUAAGAGCCAACAAUGUUUAGCUUGAUUUAUCGUCAUCUGUACUUUAAAAUUUUGCCAUAACA